AGCAGCAACAACAGCAACAGCAACUGCAACUGCAACAACAACAACAACAACAACAACAACAACAACAAACCAUGCUUCACAACCACCAUCACCAUCACCCCCACCCCCACCCUCAUCCCCACCAGCACCACGGGCAGCACAGCCAGGGCGCAGAACCCAUGAGCCUGGGCUGUGAUUCCUACGUGCCCCCACACUUCCCCUGCACCCACCCCUCCCCGAUGACCUCCCCCACCGCUGCCUCGACACCCCCGGUCUUGUCACGCCCCUCAACCCCCGCGUCCCGCCGCUCCUCGGGUGACCCUAUGCCGGCACCCACGCCCCAAGUGAAAAUCGAAGUUACGGGCCCUAAUGACGAAAAGAGCGGAGGUGUGGCGGGAUCCAAUGCUAAAGUGUUGGGUCUUCCUCCCCUGGCCCCACCGCCCAGCGUGAAGGCACUGCCCUCCACAUCCCGGACACAGCUGAAGCAGCAGUUGAUGCGUCAGCAGCUGCAGCAACAGCAGGAAGCCAAGGACCGGGAUGCCGCCUCACGGUCUCAGCGUGCGCGUCAGGGCGUACAGCACCAGCAGCACAUGCAACUUCAGCAGCAACAACAGAUGCAACAGCAGCAGCAACAACAACAACAGCAACAGCAACAGCAACAGCAACAGCAACAACAAACACCCCAAGCCAUCGCUAUUCCGACUUCCUCCUCUCCUGACGUGCCGCCACAAGUACUGCAGGUACAGACGCGGCUGGAGAACCCAACUUACUACCACGUGCUGCAGGCCCAGAGGCGGCAGAUGGAGCAGUACUUGUCCGGCACCACACCGCCCUCCACCUCCGGCUCCCGCUCUGCCCCACAGCCUGCCUGGCCCCACUCCGAUCCCGGAGCCGCCCACACCACGCCCGCCCAGUUCAGUGCCGUGGGCGGGUCUGGAGGGUGCGUGGCAGUGUCCGCGCCUAGGACCCUGGGUGGGGCGGCGAGGGGCCCUAUGUCCCCCACAGCACCCCCUUCCACUGCCCCGCCGUCUGUGGCCUCCCUCUCUGACGCGUCUGAGGUGAGUGACGACAUGGUGAUGGAAGGUACGCGAAACUGGCGAGUCUGGGUGGAGGACGUUAUCGACGAGAUCCUGAGCCUGGAGGAACGCUUCGAGGCUGAUACCCGCAAGACUCCCGAGCAAUUAUGCAACCCUGCCCCCGCGACCCCUAACAACAGUGUGGCCGACCCAUUAUGCAAUAUCCUGGGCCUCAACAGCUACAUGGGCAAGACCUCCACCUCCUGCCCGCCGGACGUGCCGCAGGUGAAGAGUGAGCCGGCAGUCAGCGACCAGCAACUCGUGGCCUACAUGAAGGACAGGCAGAAGAAAGACAACCACAACAUGAUUGAGCGAAGGCGAAGGUUCAACAUCAACGACCGCAUCAAGGAGCUGGCCACCCUCCUCCCAAAGAGCAAUGAACCGUACUUUGAGUUGGUACGCGAUCUUCGUCACAACAAAGGUCAGAUCCUCAAGGCCUCUGUUGACUACAUUCGCCGCCUGAAGAUGGAUGCAGAUGCCAAUAAGGAGGCAGAGGCCAAGCGGCGUGCCCUUGAACAACAGAACAGGCAGCUGCAUCUCCGGAUACAGGAGCUGGAGACCAAGCUGCGGGCUAAUGGCAUCAAGGUGGAGGAGACUAACAUUGACAAGAGUCUACUUCUCUCCACCCUUAUCAAGACUGAGGUGGUGGGCAGCAACAUGGCAGGGCUUGGGGGAGGUGGAGUGGUUGGUGAGAGUGGAGUUGGAGGUGGUGGGGGAGAGAUGAAGGAGGUGAGGUGCAGCCAGAGUCUCACCGGUUCCCUGCUUGACGAGCUGCUGGAAGACUUUACCUCUGGUGGCUUCAACCUAGAUCUGAUGGACGAUGAUGGUCCAGCCUUCACUAGUGACCCUGUUUUCUCCUCGCCACAAGUCUCCUCCCCAAACUCCUCCCACCACUCCUUUGAUGAUGCCCUCACCCCAGACUCCAUGGACAUCGUUGCGUGAUUGUUACCGAGCAUCAUAUAAAUACUGAUAUUUUUAUGUUCGAUGUGUUUUUUUUCUCUCUUUUUUUCCCGUCUUAUGUGCCUUAAUGAGGCUUUUGUUGUUUUUAGUCUAAUUUUGUUUUGUCAUUUAUACUUUGCUUCCCCACAAGAAAAUUUUAUCAUAUAUAUAUUGAAAGUUCAAAUUUGUUAUGUCCCUUCAUAACUAUAUUUUGUAGUUAUUUUUAUGAAUGUUUUAUAGUAAGUAUUUUAGAAAAUAUUGAGUUUGCAGUGAAUAAAUGCAUUAUUUGUCCUCAAAAGACUUCUUGACUUAACUUCUUACAUCCAUGUUAACUUUUUUUUUUUACAGGACUGGAUCUUAAGCAAAGUCAAGAAGGCUUUUCUCUUGAAUCGGUUUUCAUGAGUGAUAAACACAAACUACAUUGUACCUAUGAACAUGAGAGAGUAUGUUCAGGUACAUCUUCUACAGUUUGUGGAUAUAUUCUUUAGAAUAUCUGUAGAUUAACAUGGAAAGGAAUAUCUUCUUCAGAUAUUAUAGAAGGAACAAUCUCCUCCAUGUAGUACUAAGGCAUUUCACACGCAAAAAAUAUUAGGGAAAUGAAUUUUGAAAAAGUAAGUGAUGCCAGUUUUGGAAUUAGAUGUGUGUUGUGGGAUCCGCACUACCAAACUUGAUGUUGGUACCUGACAAAAUGUUAUUCGCUAAGUUGAGUGAACUUAACAUAAAAAGAUCAUGUUGGUCAUUAUUUUUUAAAGUGCAUUAACUUAAGCAUGGUCAUGUUUCAUAGCAUUCAGAAUUCUGUCACUCCUGGAUGUAUAUUAUGGCAUGCUCAUGCAUCAUGCUCAUAGUUUUUGCAGAAAAAGAAUAACUGCUGCACUAUAUUAACUGCUUCUUUAACUUUUUAUGUUCAAGUGGUUUAUCGUCAGUUAUGACAACUGGUGAACUGUGCAAAAUCAAUUACAUAUUUUAUGUUCAGUACAAUUGAUUAUGAUGUCCCACUAAGUCUUACUCUUCUCUAUUCAAGGAUAAGUAAACACAAGGACUCAUUUCUGUUCUGGAAAUUAUGGAUUAAGAAGAAUUGUAUAUAGUAUUUUUUUUCUGAUUAAUGGCCCAGAAACAUAUUGUGAGCAUACACUGGUGUUUUGUUCCUUUCAGUCCAUGAUGCUGGUGUUGAAGAUGUACAUAAUGUGUUAUGAUUAGUUGUAUUUUGAAUACUUUUGUAUGUAGACACCUUACACUGAUGUAAUUCAUAGAGAUCAACCUCUAUACUCUUCAUUCAACUUAACUACUUUCCUAUUUUCUUUUAUAUAUAUAUAUAUAUAUAUAUAUAUAUAUAUAUAUAUAUAUAUAUAUAUAUAUAUAUAUAUAUAUAUAUAUAUAUAUAUAUAUAUAUAUAUAUACAUGACUAAUUUAGAUACAAGAAGCAUGAUUUCUUUGUCCUUUAUGUUUGUACAAACUUGAGAUCAUCACUUUGGCUCCUGCCAAAAUAUUGAAUACUGUACCUUUAUCACUUGAGGUACGGGUAUACAAAUGGUGUAGUGCAGUGAAACUUAUUAAUUUGGACCUAUACUACAUUAUGUACAUUAGAGGUUUGAAAUGAUAAUUUACAGUUUACUCAUCCACAAUGGUAAAUGCAAAUGAAAAUUGUGAGUUUAAAUACCAUAUACUAUAAAUGUAGUACUGUGACUGAUGUGCUAAAGCCAUUAUGACCAUAUAUUUAAAUAUUGUAAUGUUUUCAAGGCACAUAAUUGAAUAUCUAAUGACAACACUUGAGAAUUUUAAGCUUUGUUACAAUAGGACAUUAUAUAAAGCCAAGUUUUUGCGCAGCAAGUAUGUUAUACAGUUACGUAUAAGUGUGCUCAUUAGUUGAUCGCUUUACUGUUUCUCUUGUGUUUCCUUUCAGAAAUGUAGAUCUCAAAACUCUUUGAUCAUUUGAGUAUUUUUUUUUUUUUUUUUUUUGGUAUGAGAAUAAUAUGAAGUAUUCAUGUUGCACACACACACACACACACACACACACACACACACACACACACACACACACACACACACACACACACACACACACACACACACACACACACACACACACACACACACACA